CUCUCUCUCCUUAAGCUGGCAGAACCCGUAGAAUUCAGUGACACCAUCCAGCCCGCUUGCCUGCCCCCUGCUGAUGUCAUCCUUGAAAACAACGUUGGCUGCUUCGUCACCGGCUGGGGGAACCUCCAGACGAACGGAGUUGGCGCAGACGCCUUGCAGCAAGGUCUUCUCCUGGUUGUGGACCACGACACGUGCACUCAGCGUGAUUGGUGGGGAAAUACCGUGAAGACCAACAUGAUCUGCGCUGGAGGGGACGGCAUCGUGUCAUCCUGCUAUGGCGACGACUCCGGCGGACCGCUGAACUGUCAGAACGCACAGGCGACUGGGAGGUUCAUGGGGUCGUUAGCUUCGGAUCAUCGCUGGGAUGCAACUACUACAAGAAGCCCUCCGUCUUCACCAGAGUCUCCGAAUAUAACAGCUGGAUCAGCACGGUUCGUACCUAUUGCUAAGAGGUCCAUGUAUAUAAAAUUUGCAUCAAUCAGUUCGCAGAGAUCCAAGGCUUCAGAGUCAUUUGCUUUCUGCGUUUUUUUGUCUGGAGGAUCCUCAGCGCCAUCUAGUGGUAGCAAUGGGGGAUUUUCCUGGAGUAAAUGCCACGUUAUUGACGCUAGAUGGCGCUGA